AUGCGCAUCGGUCGAGGUCAUCGCGACUAUAGGGAUGUCACCCUAAAAGCUCACGUGCAGUCCCUUCUGCGCCGGUCGCACAGCAACUUCCAGUAUGGGAACCCAUAUAUCUCGCUCAACAACGAGAUCCGCGUGCAAGAUGCUUUGUUCAAGCAAGCAGCCCAGAACGACAACCUGCACAAGAGCACGAAAGCGUGGCGGAACUAUCACAGGUUGAAGUCCGCCAACCAUGGCUUCACAGUCGUCAUCAAGGACAAUAUCGUGACCGUGGAAUUGCCUACCACCUGCGCCUCGAAGAUUCUCAAGGGAUUUUGUCCCUCAGAGAAUGCCACCGUCACCAAGUUGCUUGAAAAGGCCGGCAUGGUAAUGGUCGCCAAAACCAACAUGGACGAAUUCGGCAUGGGGUCACAUUCACUACAUUCAGCGUAUGGCCCAGUGGUCAAUGGCCAGGCUGCGAAAAAGGAUCAUUUGUCUGCUGGGGGGAGCUCUGGUGGCAGCGCCGUGGCUGUUGCUGGCAACCUGGCUCAUAUCGGCAUUGGCACGGAUACUGGAGGCUCGGUCAGGUUGCCAGCAGCUUACAUGAGUCUUGUCGGCUUCAAGCCUUCUUACGGGUUGAUAUCGCGAGUCGGGGUAAUACCUUAUGCGAACUCCCUGGAUACUGUUGGAAUACUGGCCAAGUCCGCCCUCGACAUCAGGCUGACAUUCGACUUUCUCCAACAGCCCGACGACAGAGACCCGACUUGUCUGAACUACAAUUCUCGACAGCGAAUCAGAGCCGCAAAGCACAAGAGAAGAAGAGCCGUAUUCGCCUCGAAACUUUUCAUCCGGAGAGAAUCCUAUCCUGCGAGCCGGCGGCAGGAUAGUGAACUGGCCUCUCUCCCGGCUAGAAACAGAAACAGAGACGUACUCGUAUCUCAGAAGAACUACACCCGACGCAUAGGAGUGCCUCUCGAGUACAAUAUUGCAGAAAUGCACCCACUGGUGCGUUGGGCUUGGACGGCAACCCUGAGUCACCUACGAAACCACUACAAGUUCGAGAUUGUCCCGAUCUCUCUUCCGUCGACGAAGCAUGCCCUGUCUGCAUACUACGUCCUGGCACCAGCAGAAGCUUCAUCCAAUCUUGCGAAAUACGAUGGUGUCCGCUAUGGCCGUGCGCGGACCGCCCAGGCCGAUGGAGACGCCGCACCUCUCUUCUCUCAGUACCGCUAUGAGAAUUUCGGGCCAGAAGUCCGCAGAAGAAUCCUUCUCGGCACUUAUACCCUGAGCGCCGGGGCGAUGGACAACUACUUCAUCCAAGCCCAGAGAGUCCGCCGCCUAGUCCAGCAAGACUUUGACGCCGUCUUCCGGAUGCCCAAUCCUCUGCACGACAAUACCGAGGCAAACAACAACGGUGUGGACGUGAUCAUUGUCCCGACGGCACCGACUCCUCCACCGUACGUUGAAAACUUGGAACACCAGAAGCCGGUGAGACGAUACAUGAACGACGUCUUUACUGUGCCGGCAUCGCUGGCGGGCUUGCCUGCCAUAUCAGUGCCUGCGCCAGAACAUCCCGACCAUCCCUGGAAUCCCGAGGUGGCUAUCGGUAUGCAGGUCAUCGGACAAUACGGCGACGACUUUGGAGUCAUGUACUUUGCGCAGAACUUCCUCUCCAACUUCCAUCGGCUUUGGAUGAGGCGCACGCUCGAGACAAAGAUAAUGAGGUAG